CAGACCUCAACGAACCUCGUGAUCAAUGAUAUGUACCCCUUAACUUUAGAAACUUAGACCGUUCCGAUUCACUUCGUCUCUUCUUUACUUUUUUAUUCUACUAUUUUUUAAACUUCUUUUCUCGUGGGUGGGAUAUUCAAUAGGGAAAUUGUUGUAAUAUUUUAGCAAAAUGACCUCAAGAUACAGAGUAGAAUAUGCAUUGAAGACGCACAGAAGAGAUCAAUUCAUAGAAUGGAUCAAAGGACUCCUAGCCGUGCCAUUCGUCUUAUAUUCCCAACCAACAGGAAUAUUCGACGAGACAAACGGCUUCAAUAUCUCUCAGAGCUCCGAGGAGGCACACAGGCGUUAUGCCGAAAUAAUGAGGGACAUCGAGGUCAUGGUCGAUGAUCAUAUCACGCACCAAUUAGACGCCUCUAGAGUCCCUUCUAAGCUCAAGUUGUUGGUACCGACCAUUGGCAAUUUCUUUACACGGCUUCCUCUUGAAGCUGCUUUCAAGUUCCAAGAUCGCAAGCGGUACAUAUCCUCACGUCGCUUCGUCUCACCAUCUUUCAACGAUGUCCGCCUUAUUCUCAAUACGGCUCAGCUUAUGGCCGUGACCACCCACGGUACCUUACGCCUCGCUACCUUCGAUGGAGAUGUCACCUUAUAUGAUGACGGCGAGAGCCUGGAACCCUCCAGCCCUGUCGUCCCUCGCAUCAUUGACCUCUUACGCAAGAAUGUGAAAGUCGGAAUUGUGACGGCUGCUGGUUACACAACUGCCGAUCGGUACUAUGCCCGCUUGCAUGGGCUCUUGGAUGCCAUUGCUAGCUCCACCGCCCUCACUCCUCAGCAGCGCCAGGGCAUUAUCAUCAUGGGUGGUGAGGCCAAUUACUUAUUUGAGUUCAGCCCAUCGUCGCCGCACCUCUUGGCCUCUGUCCCACGGGAACGCUGGCUGACGCCUGAGAUGGCGGCUUGGUCCGACGCUGGUAUCGCUGCAUUACUUGACAUUGCCGAGGCUGCAUUGCGCGAUUGUGUCAAGAACUUGAACUUACCCGCGACGAUCAUGCGCAAGGACCGUGCCGUCGGUGUGGUUCCUCGGGACCCCAGCUUACGGAUCCCCCGCGAAUCCCUCGAAGAAACAGUCCUAGUAGUCCAAAAGACCCUCGAACUCAGCACCCGCGGGCGCGACUUCGAGAACCAAGUCGUACCCUUCUGCGCCUUCAACGGCGGGCGGGACGUCUUCGUCGACAUCGGGGACAAGAGCUGGGGUGUCUCCGUCUGUCAAGCGUGGUUCGGAUCCGACGAUAGUAACGGUACCGGUGCUGGCGCCGGUCGCAUUCGUCCCGAGCAGACGUUACAUGUCGGCGAUCAGUUCCUCAGUGCUGGAAGUAACGAUUUCAAGGCCCGUAGUGUAUCUACUACGGCUUGGAUCGCGAGCCCGGCUGAGACGGUCGAGUUGUUGGAUGAGUUGGCCGAUUUUAUGGGGAAGAAGUUGAGUUGAAUUAAUUAACUGACUGACUAAAUCAUGAUACAUAAUACAUGACAUCGAUGACAAAAUGGAGGAAAUAAUCUGUUACGUAGGUACGGGACGAGGACAGAUUGAAAAGGGCUUAAAAAUAUGUUUAAUUUAAUGUUUGGGGGGCAUGUCUGGCGUUAGGGAUGUAUAUGAAUUACUUGCCUGAACUACAUAUGUAUUGGGGUGUAAGAAAACAUAUUGUGUUGUGGUUAAUCAUAAUAGACGGCUUGUUUUUACGUGGGCAUUAAAUGAUUAUAGAAAAUUAGCAUUGGGAUUUUAAAGCAUCACAUAUUAUCUGGUAUGGGAAUGGAUAGACCUUACUAUUUUCGAUAGCGAAUAUAGCGAUAGACUGAAGUUAUCUCAUCAUCAAAUGUGAUUCGCUUGGAGCACACUA